AAACUCGCCGCUGACGCUCUUCACUGAAGCUCCUCGGUUGUUUACAGUUUUGCAGUUUAGCUUCAAGUCAAGUUCUCUCAGUACAACCGCUUUAAUCGCAUUUUCAGCAUGGGAUGCGACGGCGGAACCAUUCCUAAAAGACACGAACUGGUGAAAGGCCCGAAAAAGGUCGAAAAGGUCGAUAAAAACGCAGAACUUGCUGCCAAAUGGAGAUAUUGUGCACUGAGUCAGGAGAAGCUGAAGCGGCCCAUAGUCGCCUGUGAGCUGGGCAGACUGUAUAAUAAAGAUGCGAUCAUUGAGUACUUGUUGGAUAAAUCAGCGGAGAGGCCGAACUCUGAGGUUGUGGCACACAUCCGUAGCAUCAAGGAAGUGAAGGAGCUGAAUCUGACAGAUAACCCGGCGUGGGAGGGCGAGAGGCACAACAUUAAAGGGGACUGUUAUGAGGACAUGCACUGCAGCAUGUUCAUCUGUCCUGUGGUUGGUCUGGAGAUGAACGGAAAACACAAGUUUCUAUACCUACCGACCUGUGGGUGUGUUUUCUCAGAACGAGCGCUCAAAGAGGUCAAGACUGAAAUCUGUCACAAGUGUGGAGAUCCUUUCCAAGAAGACAACCUUGUGAUGCUGAAUGGGACUAAAGAGGAUGUGGAGAAGCUACAGAAGGCCAUGGAGGAGCGCCGAUCAAAGGCUAAAUCUGCAAAAAAAUCAAAGAAGAGCAAAGAUACUAAAGUCUCCAAGGCACCGGAUUCAACAGGAAGCUGCGACACCUCAGAGACUAAAUCUACAUCUCUGAAUGGAGAGGGCAGCAGUGCAAGCCACAGUGAUUCAGCUCCGGGACCGUCCACAUCUGGCGAGUGCUCUAAGCCAUUAAAGGCCCCCCCGGGACCCAUCAUUGGCAGUAAGAGAUCGAUCCAGGACAUGAAGGACAAAUCUGAGACCUACAAGUCACUAUUCACCUCCCACAGCUCGGCCAAACGUACCAAAGACCAGAUAUCCAACUGGGUCACGCACACGCCUUACCACUUUUGAGUGAAGCUCGCUCUCUAGUGGUCUGGCUUUGGAGGAGCAAAAUUCCGGCUGGUGGAUUGAUGCAUUGUUUAAACCUCUUUUUUCUUUUUUCACCAUUGCAUUUUUAUUUACCUUUUUACAAGAUUAUCUUAAUUUAGUUGCAUGCUUAAGUGUUCAUUUUCAGUAAACUCAUGUUGGCUUGUAUUUUUUGACUGGAUUGUGCUUUGCAGCAUUAUCUUGUCUUAAAAUGCUUUAUUAAGGUUUAAACAUGAACUGUAUUGCAGUAAAAACAAAUUUAAAGGCUGAUAUCGUUGUAUGUUUUCCUCCACAGGAGCAUAAAAUCGUGUUCCUGAAGCACUGUUGCAAUUAUUGAGCAUUUCACAGUAUUCAGAGAAAUAGCUACAGUAGUUACGCGGUGUGCUUUUAAACAUGCAUUAUUUGUGAACGCAGUAAAAGUCCGAUCUGGGAGAAAUCCUGCAUCCUCAAUACUGCUUUUGUCCACAGGGCGGCAGUACAUGUCUACGAAUAAGCGCUGCCCCGGUCAAACUGUAUUAGAUCUGAUGUAGGUGUCUGUUUCUUGACUUUUUGCGGUUCCCCAUAAUGUAGUCUGUUAUGUUCAUCUGACAAAUGCAUAAAUAAAAUCCAGACUCUACAUUUUCA